AUGGCCCCACCCAAGAGCGACCGCUUCAUCGCCUCUGACGACGAUCUCGACGAUGAUCUAGAUGCAGGAUAUGGGACCAAGAAGGUAAGUUCGCGCUUGACAUCACAUACCGACGCGUUGUACGACGUCGCGCUCAUCGUAAUUGACCCCGCUACGUUGUUCAUCAUUACAGUCAAGCAAGAAGGCGCAGGGGAAGAAGAAGGCUACUCCUACCAAGAAGACGGCGAAACGAAAGCCGAAGAGCUCUGAUAAUGAUGAAGAAGACGAGGAAGACGAUGACGACGAUGAGGAAGACGACGAGGACGAAGCUGACCAGACCGACGAGGACGAGGACGAAAAACCCAAGAAGAAGAAGCAAAAGAAGACCUCUAGCUCAAGUGGAGGGAUGCUCAAGAACGACUCGGGUGAACGCUACGUCGUGUUGGGCAACAACAAGCGUGUGACGGUGCGCAAGUUUAACAAGGCCAAACUGAUUGACAUUCGAGAGGUACGCUCUCUCAUUGACGGAUCGUCAAAGUUUCCUUGGCCCCAAUCUCACUAGAGCUGAUUUCUGGACGGAAAUUCGUUGCUCAGACCUACGACAAGGAUGGCAAGACGGGUCUACCGGGCAAGAAGGGCAUCUCGCUCUCGCCCGAGCUGUGGGAGAAGCUCAAGGCCUCGAUCGCCGACGUCAGUGCUCGCCGGACAGCACCGACUGGCUUUCAAUCUCGCUCAACUGACUUUGGUUUCUUUAGAUCGAUGCGGCUAUCGAAGCACUAUAAUUUUGGGGCAUUUUGAGCGACGUCGGGCAUCGUCUUGGACAUCGAUUGGUCAGGGAUUCCGAUUGGCUCCUUUGCAUCGAGGAAAACCCUUGGAGCAGAUUUGGUGA